AUGAAGACCAAUGAGGAUAUAGGCAACCAAGAGGAGGCUAUAAUGCUCAAGACAUAUGGAUCUUCACAAGAAGAAUACCAACCAAGAAGGCAACCAUCAAGACCUCAAUAUGAUGAUAAGGCAUAUGAUGAGUAUGAUGAUCCACCACCAAGGCAAAUAUCAAGAACUCAAUAUGAUGAUAGAGAAUAUGGUGAUUACCACUACUCAAGAAGAGCCCCACCACUACCUCAAAGCUAUGAUUCAAAAUCUUACCAAUCUACCCACUAUGACGAGGAUGAUGACUACCCUCAACAAAGAGGAUUCUCUAAUUCUCAAUCCUACGACUCUUACCCAUUCCAAUCCUACUCUCCACAAUCUUACACUCAAAACACACCUCCACCCAAAAAGAAAUCUAUUAUCGAGCACAUGUAUGACCAUUGGUUGAAACCCAAGCCAAGAGACCCAAAUGACCGCUUCAAAACCAUUGAGGAACACAUGUUUGAAGAUAUGAAUCGACAAGUGAUUUGUUAUGCUUGUAAAGGGCCUCACUAUAGGUACAAGCACCAUAGGGACGAAAUUGAUCAAGAGUGCAACCACUAUGAGAAUGAGGAGUACAUGAUGCAACCAUAUGAGGAGGAAAACAUGGAAGACAUGAAGAACGAGAUGUUGGCAAAGAUAGAAGAAUUAAAGCAAGAAAUGGCCAAUAUUAGGGAAGGGUGGAAGCAAGAAUAUGAGAAUGUUGAGGAAAAGGAGAGUGAUGGUGAUGUGGAGAUAGUGUGGGAAGAGGAAAAACCAUGUGGUGACACUAUUGAGCUUGCAUGUGAUGUUGAUAAUGCUUGUGUUGAGAUGCCUAGUGAUGAAAUUGGUGUUAAAGAGCAUGAUAAUUUUUGUGAUGAGCCUUAUGAUGAUUCUUUUGAUCAUAAUUGUGGGGAUGCUUAUAUUGAAAAUGUUUUUGGUAAUGUGGAUUGUGUUGUUGAUAAUGUGCAUGCCAAUCCUUUGGAGAAUGUGGGUGAUAUUAAUGCUAAAUGUGAUGAUGAUAUUUGUGAUAAUUCGUCCAAUGCUUGUAAGAAUGCUACUUAUGAUCUUCAUGAUAAUGCCUUAAAGUAUGGAAAUGAUUUUGGGGUUACUAAUGAGGUAAAUUGUUUCAACCCUUAUGAAUUUAAUGAUAGUGAUUCAUUUGACUCCUCCGAUGAUGAUAAAAAUUGUUUUGAUAAUUGUGAAAAUAAUUCUUUCAAUUCCACGGAGAAUGAUGCAAUAGAGUCGUGUGAGGAUAAUGUCUCUAAUUCUUAUGAUAGCAACUCUUCCAAUCCUCAUGCGAACAAUUCUUUCGUUUCUUUAGAUGAUAAUGAUGGUUUUGAGUUCUUUACUUUCGAUGAUAAUGCCUUGUCAAAUGAGAAUGUUGAUGAUUUGCAUGGUAUGCUUUUUGAUGAUGAUAUGAAUGUUGAUGCUAGCUUGUGUGAUUUAAAUGAUGUUGAGAUUGUGAAUUUUCUUGAUAAUUGCCUUGAUGAUGCUUUAUACAUUCAUGAUUUGAUUGGUAAAGAUCGGAGUGAAGGGGUUGAAAAUGAGAAUGUAAAAGAAGAGGUUGAGGACAAGAAAAAGACAAGAAAUGAGAGUGUUAGGGAGCAAGUUGAUGAGAAAGUAAGAAAUGAUGAAAAGGAGAAAAUUGAUAAAUGGCUCAAAGCUAAGAGGAUGAUUAAAGGCAAUAUACUUGAAGAGAAGCAAUAA